AUGCUUGUCCUCCUAGACACAAAUGUAGAAAGGGAGACCGGGAGGAAAGCUCAGGUUUCCAAUAUUACAGCAGCUAAAACUGUUGCAGAUAUCAUUCGUACUUGUCUUGGUCCUCGUUCUAUGCUCAAGAUGCUUCUUGAUCCAAUGGGCGGUGUUGUCCUUACUAAUGACGGUAAUGCCAUUCUUCGUGAAGUUGAAGUUGCACAUCCGGCUGCUAAAAGCAUGAUUGAGUUAAGCCGAACUCAGGACGAAGAAGUUGGUGAUGGUACAACGAGUGUUAUUAUCCUUGCCGGUGAAGUUCUUGCACAAGCACUUCCAUACCUUGAACGGAAUGUACAUCCGAUUGUUAUUAUUUCCGCAUUUAAAAAGGCUCUUGAAGAUGCUAUAAAAACCAUUGAUGAAAUUUCAAAAUCCGUCAAUAUUGAAGAUCAAGGAGAAAUGUUAAAUUUAAUAAAAAGUUCUAUUGGUACAAAAUUUGCGAGCAAAUGGAGUGAUUUAAUGUGUAAAUUAGCUUUGGAUGCUGUAAAGACUGUAGCUAGAGAAGAAAACGGAAAGCGUGAAGUUGAUAUUAAACGUUAUGCUCGUGUUGAAAAGGUUCCUGGUGGCGAAAUAGAAGAUUCUAAAGUUUUAGACGGCAUUAUGCUUAAUAAAGAUGUUACACACGCCAGCAUGCGUCGUCGUAUUGAAAGUCCUCGGAUUGUCCUUCUAGAUUGUCCACUUGAAUACAAAAAAGGUGAAUCACAAACUUCUGCAGAGAUUUCUGACGAGAGUCAUUGGAAUAGACUGUUACAAAUCGAAGAAGAACAAAUAAAAGAAAUGUGUGAUAAGAUUAUAUCUGUUAAACCUGAUCUUGUAUUUACUGAAAAGGGUGUUUCUGAUCUUGCACAACACUACCUAUGGAAGGCAAAUAUAUCAGCCAUUCGCCGUGUCCGUAAGACUGAUAAUAAUCGAAUUGCUCGUGCUGUUGGCGCAACCAUUGUGAAUCAACUUGAUGAAUUAAAGGAAGAGGAUGUGGGUACUGAGUGUGGCUUAUUUGUUGUUGAUAAAAUAGGUGAUGAGUACUUUACUUUUCUUACUAAAUGCAAAAAUCCCAAAGCAUGCACAAUUUUGCUUCGAGGCCCAUCAAAAGAUAUUUUAAAUGAGUUAGAACGCAAUCUUCAAGAUGCAAUGUGUGUUGCAAGAAAUGUAUUUUUCAACCCUCUUUUAGCGCCAGGAGGUGGCGCAACAGAGAUGGCUAUAAGUGUAAAGUUAUCUGAAAAUUCAAAAACAUUAGAGGGUGUUGAACAAUGGCCAUACAAAUCCGUUGCAGAUGCUUUAGAGGUCAUCCCGAGAACGCUGGUUCAAAAUUGUGGUGGCAAUGCUAUUAAAGUGUUAACUCAAUUGAGGGCUAAACAUGCUACUGGAAAUCAUACGUGGGGAAUUGAUGGCCUAGCCGGAAAUAUUGUCGACAUGAACGAAUAUGGUAUUUGGGAGCCACAUGCUGUCAAAGUUCAAACAAUUAAGACUGCUAUUGAGUCGGCAUGCUUGCUCCUUCGAGUUGAUGAUAUUGUAUCUGGUAUUUCAAAGAAAAAAUCCGGUGGUGGAACGCAACAAGCUCCGCAAGAUGUUGAAGGUGAGGGUGAACCCGGAGAUAGGUGA